AUGACAAGCUUUACCAUAUCUGACAGCGAUCUUGAUCACAUCAAGGAUCAAGUGGUUGUCAUCACUGGUGCAUCGUCCGGCAUUGGCCUCGCAACGCUGCGCCGCAUCAUCAAGCACGGCGGCAAGGUCUAUGCCGCUGAUCUCAACCCGCUGCCCGAGCCGGAAGCGAACUCGGUGCCAUUCUCAAAAGUCGACGUGACGGACUGGAAGCAGCAGCUCGAACUGUUCAGAGCAGCGCAGAAGGAGUACGGCAAGAUCGACCAUGUCUUCGCCAACGCCGGCAUCGCGCCAACAAUCUCACUGCUGGAGGAAGACGUGGAUGCCAGCGGAGACCUACUCCCCCCAAAUCUCCGAACCAUCAACGUCAACCUCCUGGGCUGCCUGUACACCGUCAAGCUCGCCAUCCACCACAUUCGCCAAAACCCCACCGGCGGGAGCAUCGUGAUCACCGCGUCUGCGUCGAGCUUCACACGCUUCCCCGCCACAGACUACACAUCAGCAAAGCACGCCGUAUUCGGGCUCAUGCGUUCGCUGGCGCCACAGCUGCACCCGCUGCGCAUCCGCGUCAACGCCAUCGCGCCCUCGUGGACCGACACGGGCAUCAUGAGUCCCGAGAUCAUCGCCGCGGUGGGCCCGGACAGCUUCCAGGCCGCCGAUGUGCCGGCGCGCUCCGUCGCCGUGCUCAUGGCGGAUGCCACGCGCCACGGCGAGCUGGUGUACAGUGAGCGCGGGCACUUUAUGGAUCUGGAGAAUGGCAAGGACGGGUAUCAUGCUGUGACAGCCCGCAUGCUGGGCGUCGAGAGGGAAGAGGACUUGGCUGAGUUGAAGGUGAUGAGGGACCUGGCGGAGCUGGCUAAGGCUGGCAAGUAG